AUGUCCCCCGUCAUCCCCUUCAGUGAACGCCCCCAAGGUGAUGUCGUGUGCCUGUUCGGUACGUGUCCUCUGCCUCUGCUUCACCGGGCAUCGCGCGUCGCGCAGUCGCUAGUUCACUGACUCUGACCAACUGAUCUUCCUCACUCGCGCGCUCUCUUUUCUGGUGCCUCCUCUUCUCUAUCAGACGUCGACGGUACUUUGACCCCUGCUCGACGAGUAAGCACACCCACCCACAUCGUCUCCUCCAACAACCGACGACCUGAUCUCCAAACCCCUCCAUCUCGCUCAGACGGCCUCGCCCGAGAUCCUCGAAGUGCUCAAGCAGGUCCGAGCGAAGGCAGUCAUCGGCUUCGUCGGAGGUUCGGAUCUCCCCAAGAUCACCGAGCAGCUCGCUGUUCAUGGCCAGAACAGUAAGUUCGGGACCGUUCAUCCCCGGAGAGGAUCAUCCCGGACAGAGUUACCUGCGAGGGCUGUCGACCCGUCUAAAGGUCGAGCCAAGCCUCGGUGUGACGCUCACCCCAUUCGCCGAGCCACGUUCCGUUCACUGACACCUGUUUCCAAUAUUGCAACAGUCACCGACGACUUUGACUUUUGCUUCGCCGAGAACGGCCUGACCGCGAUCAAGCUCGGCCAAGAGCUCGACUCGGCUUCGUUCAUCAAGUUCAUCGGCGAGGAGAAGUACAAGAAGAUGGUCAGGUUCAUCCUGCACUACAUCGCCGACCUCGAUAUCCCCAUCAAGCGGUCAGUUGUGAUUAAAAGGGGGAAGGGGUUGCGAUUGGAUGCGAUGACCCAUGAGCUGACGAGUUUGCUCUUUCAAAUGCAGAGGAACGUUCAUCGAGUUCCGCAACGGCAUGAUCAAGUCAGUCCCUUCUCAUUGACUGUUCUUGUCAAGAACCUCUUCGCUGACUCUGUCUCUCGACCUCCGCACAGCGUCUCUCCCAUCGGCCGUAAUGCUUCGUACGACUUGCUCUUUCUCGUACUGAGAGCGCCACCCAAUCUCAUGCACAUUUCUUCGUCCUUCACAGCGUCCAGGAGCGUGACGAGUUCGAGAAAUACGACAAGGUCAGUCAUGAGAAAUCAUUUGUAGCGUACCUACGAUACCAUACUAAUGGUAACCGCGUUUUCGGCUCUGUGAAAUCGAGUACAGGAGUCCAAGGUCCGCGCGACUUUCGUCGAGGCGCUCAAGAAGGAGUUCGCCGACUACGGUUUGACCUACUCGAUCGGCGGACAGAUCUCUUUCGAUGUAUUGUGCGCCUUCAAGCGGUCAUAAAGCUUUGUGUUUGAAACCGCCGAAACUCGAUCGCUCAUCUUGUCCUUCUUCACUCUUCUGCGCAGCCCCCAUGGCUGGGACAAGACCUACGCCCUGCAACAUAUCGAGAAGGAGAACUUCAAGGAGAUCCACUUCUUUGGCGACAAGACCUACAAAGGAGGCAACGACUACGAAAUUUACGAGGACAAGAGGACGAUCGGGCAUGCCGUACAGAGCCCCGCCGAUACGAUCCGCGAGCUCAAGACUUUGUUCAAGCUUUGA